UCUAUCUUGUUAUCCUUUGUUAGAUUAUACUGGUUUCCGUUGACAUAUAUGUGAAUUAUUUAUAACCUGUGUAAAGGAAUAGACAGAAAUAUGAAGAGCUAAGCAAAAUUCUGUAUACUGGGCUUGCGGGUUAGGGGGUAUGAGGGUUUUAGCCAGUCAUAAACAUCCUUUGUACUGUUCUUAGUUUAGAAUUUUAUUGGGCUUGGUUCAUUUUAAGAUUUUCUGUAUAUUGCUUCUAAAAUUUUCCCCUCAUUCUUUGGGCAGCUUUUCAGCGUUCUUCAUAAUUGGAGUUGUCUAAACGAACUAUUUGCUGUUUUCCUUCAAAUUUUCACUAUAUAUCAAGAUUCUUUUCUUUUGAGUGCUCAUUACCAUAUCUUAAUUUUUGAUAUUCUAUUGAAAUAAUUUUUACUGAUUGCCUGAGAAUGAAAUGUACGAUCUUUGUACAAAGGAUGGAAGAGAAAAUGGUAUUGUUGUUGAAAGAGAUUUGGACGGUUUAUACAAUCUUCCCUUGAUUUUCCCAGAGCAAGUCCUGGUCAAACGGAAGAAAAAAACCCAAGGUGUAGCAGGCAUAGAUCAGGAUGAAUUACAGGAUCCAACUCAUCUAGCUGAUCCUGACAGUUCUUUUUGUGAGUUCAAUGGGGUGCAACUACACCACAAGAUUUGUGAUGCAGUAGAAGAAUCAUCCAGAUCGCAAUACCCUCACAUGGUAGAAGAAGCAUCCAGUUCACAAUACCCUCACUUUGCUAAAAGGGUUAACUUCCCUAUGAUCUUGUUACAUGGCUUUGGAGCCUCGGUCUUUUCGUGGAAUCGAGUGAUGAAACCUUUAGCACAGGUCGUUGGUUCAAAAGUUCUUGCAUUUGAUAGACCAGCAUUUGGAUUGACAUCUAGGAUAAAUCCUGUUGAGCAUUCAUCUCCUGUUAGCCAAGAUACCAGAACUUUAAAUCCAUAUUCGACGAUGUUUUCUGUGUUGGCAACUCUAUACUUCAUCGACUUUUUAAAAGCUGAGAAGGCCAUCCUUGUGGGGCACUCUGCUGGUUCCCUAGUAGCUGUAGAUGCAUAUUUUGAGGCACCAGAACGUGUUGCUGCUCUAAUCCUUGUUGCCCCUGCAAUUCUUGCACCAUUCAUUGCACAGAAAGUUGUCAAAGAAAAGCAAGGUGGCAGAGACAACCAGAUCCAAGAGAGCAGCUUGGAUUCAAAUAACCCUGAUAAUCCAUUUCUCAGAAUUUGUAGCCUUUUGUCAAAGUUAACUAAAUAUGUUGCGGAGGCAAUAGUGAGUAUGGUAAAAGGGAUGGGAGGAAUGAUAAACUCUCUGUAUAAGAAAGCUUUAUCAGCAAUUCUGCGCUCUGCAUUUGGUGUGAUGGUGGUAAGGAUGAUAAUCAAUAAGUUUGGUAUACCUGCCAUACGGAAUGCAUGGUACGAUUCAAAUCAAGUUUCUGAUCAUACUUUACAAGGCUAUACAAAGCCACUGAAGGUCAAGGGCUGGGAUAAGGCUCUUGUGGAAUACACUCUGGCAAUGCUAACAGAUUCUGCAUCUAAACUGAAGCCACCACUGGCAGAAAGGCUGAGCAAAAUCUCAUGUCCAGUUCUCAUUGUCACCGGUGAUAGUGAUCGACUUGUCCCCCCAUGGAACUCUGAAAGACUUUCACGUGCCAUUCCGGGAUCUUAUCUUGAAAUAAUCAAGAAUUGUGGUCACUUACCCCAAGAAGAAAAGGCAAUUGAGUUUGUGUCUAUUGUUGAAAAUUUUCUUCUGAGAGUAUUUGGCGCUGCAGAAGAGGCACACCUGCAAGCGGUAACUUGAUAUUGGUAUUGAUCAAAUGUAACACAGUAACAGGGCCAUGUAGGAAUCUCAACCAAGAUUGAAGAUUUGAAAUGAAGCUCGUAUAUUGAGGGCUGCACGGUUUCAUCAAGGAAUAAGUUCCUGACUUCAGGAUACAAACAAAAUAUCAUCAUUGAGGCUAUGGAAACAUCAAUACGGUAUAUGGACAUAAGUUUGUAAUUAUGCCCGUAAGUAUUGCACACUUAUAUAGCUGUAAAUUUACAAGAGUAUAUUUCGAGCAUCUUGUGAUUUUUGUGUUCCUAUGAGAAAGUAAUGUUUCCAAGAUUCACGUUUAUAUA